GUUGUUCGGAUUGGAUUAAGGUUAUUCGCGUUCUUGAUAGGGUGAGGAAGAUGCCGUAUGAUUGGUCGGGGGAGGGAAGUUAGCCUUAGCCUCGCCCGGCCCUGCUUCUACUUACAAUCAAAAGCCUUGCCACGAGUGAGAAGCCAGUGGCGAAUCUAGGAUCUGUGCUCUGUACACUUGCUGCAGAGGAGUUUGGUCAGUGGUAUUUUCUUGAGGAACCAAAUAUGAGCUUUACUGGUCCCUCUGUUGGUUCUGGUGGUAGAACUGCUAGAAGGGCGUUUGAGUUUGGAAGAACCUAUGUAGUCAGACCUAAAGGCAAACACCAGGCCACUGUAGUUUGGUUACAUGGCCUCGGCGAUAAUGGUUCAAGCUGGUCGCAGCUCUUGGAAUCCCUCCCUCUUCCAAAUAUUAAGUGGAUUUGUCCAACUGCCCCUACUCAACCAAUUGCGGUUUUUGGUGGCUUUCCCUCCACUGCUUGGUUUGAUGUUGGAGAAUUUUCAGAAGAUGCUCCGGAUGAUGUAGAGGGUUUGGAUGCUUCUGCAGCACAUGUUGCAAAUUUGUUAUCAACAGAGCCUGAUGACAUUAAACUUGGAGUUGGAGGGUUUAGUAUGGGUGCAGCUACUGCCCUAUACUCUGCGACCUGCUUUGUUACAAGAAAAUAUGGGAAUGGUAAUCAAUACCCAUGCAAUCUGAGUGCGGUUGUUGGACUAAGCGGAUGGCUUCCAUGUUCCAAGACCUUGAGUAAGAAGUUAGAAGAAGUAGAUGAAGCUGCAAGGCGUGCUGCCUCCAUUCCGCUUUUGUUAUGUCAUGGGAAAAGUGAUGAUGUGGUUCCUUACAAGUUUGGUGAGAAAUCGUCACAGUCCUUAAGGUCAAAUGGCUUUCAGGACAUGACAUUCAAAUCCUAUAAUGCGCUUGGUCAUUAUACAAUCCCGGAAGAGAUGGACGAGGUCUGUGCUUGGCUAAGAUCAAAACUGGGGCUUGACGGGACUUCUUCGUAGUACAGCCGUGAAAAACUCGAGUGACGGCAAUGGAAGAGGAAGCAGAAGGGAAGUAUGUAGCAAACAAUAAUUUCGAGUGUUUAGCACAACCUAUAUGUCAUGUUAUUAUUUGGCUGGUGGCACUGGUUAAAUCGAUAUUUGUGUGUAACUGACAUUCAUUAUUUGAAUUAUGAACAUGUCGUAUGUGUCGAUGUUCCUCUUAA